UUAUUGUGACUUUAUGAGCAGGAUGGACGGCAAAUAAACAUUGCUGUGGGCCCCAGGAAGUUUCGAAUGGUGAAUGUGGUCCACUUGAGCUUAUGAUCUUUCUCAUUUUUGAGAUCAUGCCCUAAAAUCAUUUCGAAAAAUGGAUGGACGGUGUAGAUAAAACAUAUCCAUUAUGGUGGGGCCCACAGAGCUUUUCCAUCAGCUAGCUGCUGAUGUAGGGUCACCAGCCAAUCCGCCUCCGCAGUUCGCAUUAAAGUUCAAAGAGUUCAAACGCAAAAGACAUCAUCUCUGCAAUGGCCGCCUCCACCUUCAACAUUUCCCUUUUCUCCACGCUCUCCAAACCAUCCCUUCCCUUCAAUCCCUCCCUCAAAACCCUAAAACCCCAUUUCCACACCAAGCCCAAUUUCCCCAACCCCCUCAGAAUCCAAUCUCCACCCUUCAAUCCCUGCUCCCCCAAAUCCUCACCGACCGAUCUCCUCCCUUCCGACCCCACCACUUCCUCCCUCCCUCAAACCCUCAAAACGCGCCUCUCCUCCGGCGAGACUCUCUACGGCAUCUUCCUCCUCGGUUUCUCCCCCACCCUCGCCGAGAUCGCCGGCCACGCCGGCUACGACUUCGCCGUCGUCGACAUGGAGCACGGCCCCGGCGGCAUCUCGGACGCCCUUGCCUGCCUGCGUGCUCUCGCUGCCACCCAAACCCCUGCGAUCCUCCGCAUUCCGGAAUCUUCCGAUGUCUGGGCCAAGAAGGCCCUUGAUCUCGGCCCCCAGGGGAUCAUGUUCCCCAUGAUCGACGGCCCAAAAUCCGCCAAGAAAGCAGUCUCCUACUGCAGAUUCCCGCCCGAGGGCGUCCGCGGGUCUGCGCACACGGUCGUCCGGGCGUCCAAGUACGGGAUCGACGACGGGUACUUGCAGAAUUACCAGGAUGAGCUGCUGAUCAUGUGCCAGGUGGAGACGGAGGAAGCGGUGAAGAAGAUCGAGGAGAUCGCGGCCGUUGAUGGGGUGGACUGCAUCCAGAUGGGGCCGUUGGAUCUGAGCGCGAGCCUGGGGUAUCUGUGGGACCCAGGGCAUAAGAAGGUGAGGGAGGUAUUACAUGGGGCGGAGAAGAAGGUGCUGAAGACGAAGGGCGCAUUCUUGGCCGGUUUCGCCAUGGCGCACGAUAGCCCAGAAGAGCUUAGGGUGCGCGGCUAUCACAUGGUGUCUGGUGCGGUGGAUUUGGGGCUCUUCCGUGCCGCGGCGGUUGAUGACGUGGCAAGGUUUAAGAAGGGUUUGAAGGAGGCUCAGAAAGAGGAGGACAAAGAUGAGAAGUACUGGAGCGAGUGAGGUGAUUCGCGCGUGUAAAAUUUUAUGUGGAUACUCGCGCGACGUGGUAACACGUGCGAGAGAUGAGAUCUGGGCCGUUUUUGGGUGGUGACCACAGACGACUAGCAACCCGUCCUCGUUCGUUCAUGAAGUGUGCCAUGCGUUUAGUUGAAUUUUAGUUGUGGUUUUUUUUUUUUUUUUUGUCAACCGUUGAUUUUUCUGAUGACUAGCCGGAAUCUCGAACACGUGUGCCAUAUAGGUACAUGUGCGGGGACCUCAAUCUUUUAUCUUCAGUGUUUUGAUGCAACCAACCUUAUGGGUAGUCCAAAAGGGUAUGGCAACAUAUGCACCUGCAUUUUGGAUCAGUGCAAUACUUAGUGAUAGGCAUGUAAAGUGUCACGGGUCUUUUAUCUCUUAAGGUUAAUAAGGAAAUGUCAUGUGUCAAAAAUUAAUAAAUUACGUUCAUAGGUAAGCUUA